AUGGCCGACCAGGAGGCUAAAGAAACAUGCAAGAAGAUCUGCGUUAAAGAAUCUGUUGACUGGGAUCUGUUUUUGGAGGCCAAUCCAUCCUUGGCAACAGGCGUCUGCGACGAGAAGCUAGUGGUUGGAAAUGCCUACUGCGUUGGACCUAUCGCGGGGUUUGACAGCAAUUAUAGUGACAGUGGUGACGAUGAGGCAUUAGCCUUGUCAAGGCCUGUGUUGAUCACUGUCUAG